AUGACAUAUUUUUAUUAUGUGAAUGUAAACAUUGUCAAAUACAGAAAACACAUUUUGGAUAACACUGGUCUGGCAAAUCAUAACUGUAUUUUCACGAACAGUAACUUUGUUCAAAAGAUGCGACGAUCGUUGUGUCUGGAUAUACCCUACGCCAAAAAUAAGGGUCAUGUUGUACUUUACAAUUGUCAUCGGCAACAUGGAAAUCAACACUGGCAGAUGCAUCAAGUCAACGGUGAUAAAAACAAUACAGCUAACUUAGUACGUUCAUCCUCCAGUCUCUGCUUAGAUUCAGACUUGAGAACAUUACAAGUUUUUGUGAAUUCAUGUGACUAUAACUCACGUACUCAGAUGUGGAGUUGGUGCGAAAUACAAUUCGAUGUAGAAAUGGAUGAGCUAAUUUAGUACUAGGAAAAUUUUGUCAUCCCCUCAGACAUUUCACAUAUUUUUAAGUAUUGUUUGUGAUAUUUUUUUAUUCCUGUUAUUAAAA